AUGGACCUUGGAACCAGGGUGCUGGGAGGAAGGGACAUCCUGUGCCCUUGCCUUUCUCUUCCUCUUGUAACCACGCCCCCUGCUUGCGAGCCUCAAGGUGCUGUCCUGUGCCUCGUCCGCCUCUUUAAUGAGCCUCUUUCCUCUCUUUCUGUGUCUUGUCCGUCUUCUCCUCUCUCCUCUGUCUUCCCACCCUGUCCUCCGGAUUCCUGCUACCCCUUGCAAAGAUACUACGCGGACUUCCUGUAUCCCCCGGAGCUGAGCGCUCGUUUAAGUGACCUGACGCUAGAGGGGGAGCAGUCCUCCGCUUCUGACCCUCAGACCCCGGGCACACUGGUCUGA